AUGCCGCCAUCUCUGUUGCUCUCGUCUCUCCAUUCCCAAAUGUCUCGAAGCAAUCGAAGAGAAGAAGCUCAUGGAGAUCGAGGAAUCAGUACCAGGAGAUCGCCGAGAUUCGUCCAAACCCCUCUCCGGCGAUCCCCACGGCUCCAUCCGCAACCCAACGAUGUAUUUCUCGGCGAUGUUCGAUCCCAAUCCAAGAACAAGCCAAAAGAUCGAAGCCGAAAGCAAUCCCGUUCGAAAUCCUCCCCAAUCUCUUCGAAUUUAGCGAAGAGAUCAUCUUUGAAGAAAGUCCGCAGCGAGGGCUCAGGAGUGAGGCAAGAGAGCGAGAGGAGGAGAUCUCCCAGGCUGGCAUUGCUCUCAGAUGCGGGUUUGAAGGCGGAGGAGGCCGUUAACAUUGGCGGUGUUGUGGAUCUUGAAGAGAGGAUGGAGAAUGCGGCUCCGAUUGAAGGAGGUGAGAGGAAGAGGAAGAGGAUUGGGGGAGAGAAGAGAGAAGAGAUUCAGGUUGACAGAGGAGGAGAGGUGGAAGAGCAUGGUGGUGGUGGUGGUGGUGGUGGUGGUGGUGGUGAAGGGUGGACAAAGGAACAAGAACUGGAGCUUCGGAGGGCUUACUUGUUGGCACGGCCAUCGCCGCAUUUCUGGAAGAAAGUAGCAAAGAUGGUGCCAGGGAAGUCUGCUCAGGAAUGCUUUGAUAGAGUUCAUGCUGAUCUUGCAACCCCACCUCAAUCUCACCCUGUUUCAAGAGCAACCAAAUUGGAUCAAACUCCAAUUGCUGAUUUCACUCUAUCAAGCAGCAUAGCUGCAUUAGGGUGUAACAAGACCAAUGCUAAAAGACCGAGGAGGGGUAAACAGAAGAUCCUUUUUGCGCAGAAGGCUGUGAGACAUUUACUAAGGAAGCACCAGGUUAUUGAUCGAAGUAAGGAAGCAGAUCUUUUCUCUGUUCUUGAAACUUCUCCGACAGCAUUGAUCAUGGACUUUCCAGAAGUUAAAACACCAGCAACUCCUCAAUGUGUACCAACUCCUGUCGGUUUUCUCAAAAGGUGCAGUGAGAGAUCUUUGUCAGCUCGUAAGGGUACACACUCUAGGUUCAGACCUCCAGAUCAAGCAAAUUACAUGAGUCCUGAAGUUCUAAAGCCGAUAAAGAACAUGGUGUUGCAUGAGAAGUAUAUUAACCAGCUACAUUGCCGGGAAGCAAGGAGAAGAACUUUGGCUAAGGCGACAAGUUCAUCGGCUGCAAGAGACAGCAGAAAUGUAACUUCAUUGAAACCAGAUUUAAGAGCUGCAAGGACUGCACUCUUGUCUGAAGCAAAAGAUGCUGUGACCCAUUUUCAACAUUUGCAGGCUGAUCCCUUUGGUGAUCACAUCGAUGAUGAUGAUGAUUUUGAUGGUUUUAAUAGUGCUGACGAUGAUGAAUGAGAAGACAGUGUCCCAUAGCUAUUUGAUGAUCAUUUGUGUUGAAAAUACGGUGUAGCAAACAAUUAGUUCAUCGUGUCUUCUAUUUGUUCAUCAAGUUGUUUAACUGUAUGUAAUCUCCAGUUUCAUGAU